UCGUGUAUAAAUAGAAGUAGCUUAACCAUCGUACGAUAGAUCGUGAUCAUGGCUACAUCACAAAACAUAAGAAAGCGCAAUGCUGGUCGUCCAGCAAAAUACACGUUUGACGUAAAUGCAAUUGCUGCAGCCAUGUCAAAUGUGUCUGGCAACAGAGACUCUUACAGAGACUCGAACAGCUUCUGGGGGGAAAUCCUUCUCAAACUUGGUCUGUGCAACAAAUUACUUGCGCGGAAGAACUUGUAUGUCAGAUGGAAAGAAAACAGGAAUGGCAUGCGAACUACCAUCGAGGAACUGUGGAAUACAAGUCAACAAACAUCUUCAGUCCCGUUAAAGAAAGGUGUAUUUUAUGAUGAGAAGGAAAAGGCGAUUUCUCCCGCAUCGAAAGAGGAUGAUGCAGAAUUGACGAGUUGCAACUCGGGACACAUUGAUGACAAUGACAAGUUUUUCGUUGUGGAUGAGGAUAACACAGUGAAUGUGCGAAGGAAUUAUGCUGCCUGUGUUAUCCAGAAACAUGCCAGGUUGAUGAUGCAAAGAAAACAGAAAGUUCUCAUCUUCAAUUCGGCUAGAAUAAUCCAAGCAUACGUUCGUGGUUUUCUUGUAAGACGUAAUCUCCAUCGUCGACACCAGGCUGUAAAUAUCAUCCGGACAUGCUACCUGUCCUAUCUCGUUGCAAAGAAGACUAGACAGCAUUUUAAAGAUCUCAGGAUGGCUACCUUGCGUCUGCAAUCACUGUAUCGUGGCAAGAUGGCAAGACGUCAUGUAGAGAAAAUAAAAGCGGCACGAAUUAUUCAGUCUCGAUGGCUUAGCUAUCUAACAAGGCGCGAAUUUUUAGCGCAGAAACAGGCUGCAUUGGUUAUCCAGACUGAAGUGAGAAAAUUUAUCGUUCAACGACAUUAUCGAAAUCUGAAAGCGAGCGUUUCCUUUCUGCAGAAACGUUACAGAGAGAAGUUGAUGGCAAAACUGCAACAAAGGGAUGAUGCUUCACGAGUCCUGCAAUGCCAUUAUCGAGCUUAUGUAUUGUCAAAAGAUGUUCAAGAAAAAUACAAGAACACUAGAAACGCCAUAAUCAAACUUCAAGCAUUAUGGAAAGGAUAUCAAGUUCGUAUGAACUAUAGUAAACAGAGGACUUGUAUCUUUCUUAUCCAAUCCAGAGUUCGUGGUUAUAUCAUGAAAAGACAAUACUUAAAAUGA